AUGACGUUCUCGACGGUCUUUGUAGAAAUGAUCUUCGCUGGGAUGACUUCAUUGGCUGGCUUCGCUGUGUCAUUAACACUGGUCCUUGGUCGAACUGUCUUUGUUGGGAGGUCUUGGAUGGGCGAUUCACAUUCUUCUGAUAACAAGGAAAAAGAGUUGCUGGUCUUUACACCAGUCAUCUGGACCUUCCUCAUCUUCAGCUUCGUCUCUUCAGUUCCCACUAGCAUUCAUUCGUUGAGUAUAACUGAUGAUGUGGAGCAGAUGGUUGAGGUAUUGCAACAGGAGAAGAUUGGAAGAUUGGUGUUGGUACCAAGCUUGUUGAGAUCCAUCUUGUUACACUGUGCCUCUGCUGCAACACACUCUCCGAGCUUGCAACAUCUCAGACCUUUAUUUAAUGGACCUUUGUUUAACACACCUCAAUCUAAUGAAGCUCUGUUUAACAGACCUCUUAAUGGACUUCUGUUUAACAAACCUCCAUUUAAAGGAUCUCUGUUUAACAGACCUCCAUUUAAUGGACCUCUGUUUAACAGACCUCCAUUUAAUGAAUCUCUGUUUAACAAACCUCUAUUUAAUGAACCUGUGUUUAACAGACCUCUAUUUAAUGGACCUGUGUUUAACACACCUCCAUUUAAUGGACCUCUGUUUAACAGACCUGUAUUUAAUGGACUUCUGUUUAACAGACCUCCAUUUAAUGGACCUCUGUUUAACAGACCUCUAUUUCCCAUUGGGUACCCCAUCAGGAACUGUUGCAUCUACUUGUUGAACAGUGUUGGAGAGGCUGUGUUGGAGGGCCAGGUGGGUGAGGUGUGUGCUGCAGGCCUCAGCCUCGCCAGCGGCUAUGUUGGGGCUGCUCUCCAACAAAAGUUUAUACCUAACAAGUUCAGUAAAGAUCCAGAUUAUUCAGUUCUAUAUCGAACUGGCGACUUUGGACGGAUUGUUGACGGUGUUGUUGUGUACGAGGGACGAACAGACUCUCAGAUCAAGAUCAGAGGUCACCGAGUGGACAUGAACGAGGUUGAGUUGGCAAUGUUGAAGGUGGACAAUGUUGACAAGGUUCAUGUCUUGUGUUACAGGCCAGGAGAAGUAAAUCAGGCUCUAGUUGGGUUCUACACCAGCACUAGAAGCAACAGCAGCAGCAACAACAGCCAGGAUGACAAGUUGGUGCCAGAGAAGUUAGGACAGAAGCUCUCCUUACUACUGCAGCCUUACAUGAUACCACAGGUCAGUGUACAACUGUUAUACUUAUACAACCACAGGUCAGUGUACAACUGUUAUACUUAUACAACCACAGGUCAGUGUACAACUGUUACACUUAUACAACCACAGGUCAGUGUACAACUGUUACACUUAUACAACCACAGGCACAUUUAUGAGCAGAGACAAGAUGAGAGUGAAGUCGAGGUUGAUGUUAGUGGUGUUAGUGAGGAAGAGAGAAGUGUUGCUCGCACUCUGUUAUUGACUGUUGCUCGAGUCUUGGGGCCACAAGUUGCCCGAAGUGAGCACCUCUCACUCAACACGUCAUUCUUUGACAUCGGUGGCAACUCCCUCAACUCAGUGAUGGUAGUGACAUCACUAAUUGAUCUGGGCUACAGUAUAGGCAUUGGUCAGUUCAUGAAGGCCAAGACUCUUGGGGAAGUUGCAUCACAGCUGCAGAAAGCGAGUCUUCAGGAGGAAAACAUUGGUGACAUGUGUAAACCAGCAGAUGACACUGACCAGUACACCUGCCACAUGCUCGACUAUCAUCAUAAAGAGGCUGUCAUAUCCUUUGUAUUAAGGAGAAAAGGUUCAGAAGCGUUGGUUGCUUGUUCUCUGAACCUUGACCUCCGCGAUGAACCUCCGAUACAUGACGUGUCUCCUAAACUGGAGUGCAUCCUGACCUUCCUGGACCACUGUGAAGAACCGGCCAAGAGUGAGUUACCUGAGGAGGUUGGUGCAGUGUUACACGCCUUCGUGAUGGGUACACUGUAUAACCUGACACCACUGGAGAAUGUUAACCUUAUACAAAAAAUGGAGAAGGAGAACCUGAAGUUAGCAAGAGAGAAAGGCUUCAAGGCUGUGUUUACCACCAACACGUCUUCUCUUACCCAGCAAAUCUGUGAGGACAUCCUGCGCUACCAUGUUUUACACAACUACCAGGUUAACCUGUAUGUGGCACCGGAUGGUAGCAAGCCAUUUGGUGCUGCUCCUGCGUCUCAACAUGCUGUUACAGCUGUCAAGUUUAUAUAGAAAAACAUGACC